AUGGUUGUCAUGAUCACUCCUGUUGCAUUUGAGACCAUCGGAUACCAAACUUACAUCAUCUUCGCUGCUAUCAACGCCUUCAUCGUCCCCUGCGUCUACUUCUUCUAUCCUGAAACUCGCCUCCGCUCCCUCGAAGAAAUGGACGAGAUCUUCCGCAACUCAACUUCAAUCUUCGACGUCGUCAAGGUUGCUCGCGAUACACCCAACCGCUACGGCAAGUCAGGCGAACUUCUCAUCAACUACCUUGACACCGAAGCCGCAGCAGGUGCCACCAGACGUCGCAGCUCGCUGGUCGAGCCCAAGUACGGCAAGACUGGUGGCAAGGGUGAUGGCGAGCAAGUCGAGAGAUUGGAGAACGGAUAUGGUUCCAGCUCUGCUGGAUCGCAAAACGAGAAGGUGUAG